GCUUCACUAAGGUGUGGCGUUCUCUCCCCGCGGGCCCCGGGCUCAGCCACGCCCAGCGCGCGCAUUCUCAAACAAAAUCCGCAGAAAAUGUUGUGCGAAGAAUCGAGUAGAGUCUGCGUCGUUCGUUUCGUUCAGUCACGCACGUCACAUCAGUUAGGCAGCUCAGUUGAGUAGUGAUCUCGAUAGCCGACGAACCGUACGCACGGCGCACACGUGCCACUCGCGCCCAUCCCUUCUCCGCACCGCACUUCCCGACCCGAGCGAUUUCGCCGCUCGCUCGGUGACGCCACCAUACGUCGCUACUCCACCGACACCGCUUGUGCUCGGUGUCGUUCCGUACGGAGCUUUGCUAUAUCAUACUAUAUUAUGUAAUACGAAAAUAAACAGCUCAAAGCAACCACGUGUGCGCGCCGGCCGGCUUACAUAAAUUUGUUAAAAAUAUCGUCACUCACGCUUCGAAAUUAGGUACCAGUCUAAAAAGACCAUUCCAUUCUUAACCAGUAUUUAAAAAAUUACACGAUAUUAUCGCGGGUUAAAAAAACCAUAAAAAGUGAAAAUGUCUAAUUCUGUGGAACAACAAUUUAGCGAGCUUAGUUUGUCACAAGAGGACCAUGAUCAAUAUGAACCAGAAGAUCACCAAGACCAAAGCCGGUCAUCAAAAGUUCUCAUCAGUGGGCUACCUCUACAUAUCCGCUUCGACAACAUCGAACCGCUGCUCUCACAGUAUGGCAACGUACAACAGUGCGACAAAGCCAACUCGCGCGAUGCCAACACCCAAGCGGUGUUCAUCACUUUCGAGACACCGGAGCAGGCGCAGCAAGCCAUCAAUGGUUUGAAUGGAUGCGAGUUGGAGGGCAGUCGGAUGAAGGUAGAGGCAGCUGAGCAAAACACCCGUGGCGUUAGGCGCGGACGUCCUGGUGGCGGCCGUGGCGGCGGCGGUGCCACCGGUGGCGGCUCGCGACCCACCGACUUCCCGUUGCGGCUUCUCGUUCAGAGCGACAUGGUCGGCGCCAUCAUCGGUCGCCAAGGCAGCACCAUCCGCCUUAUUACACAGCAGAGCCGUGCACGUGUUGAUGUCCACCGCAAGGACAACGUUGGUUCUCUUGAGAAAGCCAUUACCAUAUAUGGCAAUCCUGAGAACUGCACUAAUGCAUGCAAAAGAAUAUUGGAAGUCAUGCAACAGGAAGCCAACAACACUAACAAGGGAGAAAUCUGCCUCAAAAUUUUGGCUCACAAUAAUCUAAUCGGCCGUAUUAUUGGUAAAGGCGGUAAUACUAUCAAGAGAAUCAUGCAAGAAACUGAUACAAAGAUUACAGUCUCCUCCAUCAAUGAUAUAAACAGUUUCAAUUUGGAGCGCAUUAUCACAGUUAAAGGCACUAUUGAAAAUAUGGCCAAAGCGGAAUCGCAGAUUUCAGCCAAACUUCGCCAGAGCUACGAAAGUGAUUUGCAGAUGCUGGCUCCGCAAAGCAUUAUGUUCCCAGGGCUGCACCCCAUGGCUAUGAUGUCCACCGGACGUGGAUUCUGCGGCGCUCCUCCUCCGUUCCCGCCUCCAAUAUACGCUCCUCUGCCGGGCCAGGGCGGGGCUCAGCAGGGAGCUGGUGACUCACAGGAAACAACGUACUUGUACAUCCCAAAUAAUGCCGUGGGCGCCAUAAUUGGUACGAAGGGCCUGCAUAUUCGUAACAUCAUACGAUUCAGCAACGCGUCUGUGAAGAUAGCUCCUCUGGAACAGGACAAGCAAGGCGAGCACCAAAGCAAUCCCCAACAGGAGCGUAAGGUCACCAUUGUUGGCAGUCCUGAGGCUCAAUGGAAGGCUCAGUAUCUCAUCUUUGAGAAGAUGCGAGAAGAAGGUUUCAUGUCUGGCUCUGACGACGUGCGGCUGACGGUGGAGAUAGUGGUGGCUUCAUCUCAAGUCGGUCGUAUAAUCGGCAAAGGCGGCCAAAACGUACGGGAGCUGCAGCGCGUAACAGGAUCGCUAAUUAAGCUUCCCGAGCAACCGCAGCAGCAGCAAGGCGGCGGGCAGCAACAGGAUCACGAUACAACAGUGCAUAUCGUCGGCCCCUUCUACAGCGUUCAGUCGGCGCAGCGACGCAUUCGUGCAAUGGUUGCGCAGGCGAGCGCACCGGGCCGCCGCCGCGCCGCCCAACCGCCGCCUCCCGUGCAGCAGUAAACUGCCUCCCACAUGUUCGAGAUCCCCGCGCGCCCUCAAGCACAUCUUCACCCUCGAGCCCUCGCAACACCCCGUCAGCUCGAGCAGCCUAUGCCGCCUGCGGUCGCAGUCACCCAAUGCUAGCGUGUUCUUAAUGAUGCGCCCCAUACACUAGACUGGCUUCAUAUAAUGCACAUAAGUGUUACACAAAGGAUAGACAUUGUCGUAAGUAACGCUUUACUUAAAUUUUGUGCAGGCAGGCUGUCGAGUUGACAAUAUGUGUCCAAAUGUUGUUGUUGACAUAAUUCUAUUAUUGUAGUGUAAAUCUAUUGAUAAAUCAAUAUUUUAUUCCGGGAAUUAUCUAUGUUGAUGAUUGAAUUUGAAUAUAUAUUAUACAUAUAUAAUAUUAUUCAUAUACACUAUUUUUUAAAUAAUAAUGUGAUUGUUAUGUUUUCAUACCAUGUUAUUCUGCUACAAUGUAAAGAGUUGUCAUAGAUUGCAAUAGUUAGAUUAUGUUCUGUAUACUGUUUACAAAUGUUAAUAACAAUAUCUAUAAUAAUAUCACGCCGUUCUAUAUACAAACUUGAAGUGCAAAUAAUGUUUUUGUUAUAAGAUAAUAGUCUAAUCUGUUAAUCACCAAACUAUACUGUUAAAUGUAAUUUUAAAGGGUGUGUGGGAAAAACUAACUAUGAACGGAAAUUACACGACGUUGCUUUAACGAGGAGGCUCAUUGGAUAAACGGCUUUGCAAAGUAUAUUGUAAGAAUAUUUCUUGAAACGAUACACGGAGUUUCUGCAUGCUGCUGAGAUUGUGUCGUACAAUGGUUUCUAUUGAACUGAUAUGAGUGUUGGGUGAUAAGUAACUAAUCCAAAGAGUGAACGCCGAUCGUGUGUCGAAUCGGUCUGACGUAGUGACGAGCCUUGACUUGACUAGCGCGGCGUGGCCGGGAAACGCCCCGCGAUACGCUAGCGUCCCGCGCCUGGCGUCUGCGCCACCGCUCCUGUCAUUUAUGAUAUGGAGGCGAUGAUCUACCUAAUAUGAUGGACAAAUAUUUUUGAUAUAAUAGUAAUUGUUGGAGAGUAAGGAGUAAACUUAUGAGUUUUAAUUUGUAAGUAACAUUUGUUGAUCGUUUUCUUUGUAAUUUUGUCUUUGUUAGCUUUAUAGUGUUUUCUUGUAUUGAAAAUGUAAUACAGAAGUUUGGACAUUGAACGAUACCGUAGCGUUUAAUGGUGCGAGUAUUAACGUCGCGUCCGUCGUAUUGUUCGGUUCUAUCGUGAUAUGUUUUAUUAUUCAAUUGUACGAUUUGCGUUAUCAUUGUGCCAAGUGAGAUAAUUUAAACUAUGAGAGAUUAAGAUUAAGUGAAUAAUAUCAAAAUUAAUGAAAAGCUUAGAUAUUUAUAUGUAUAAUGUGAUAAUAUAUGGAAGUUUUGGCAAAAAUGUCACUAAGAAUGUUCUACAUUCUUAUUUCCAUUUUCUCAUUUUUUAGGUUAGAUUAUAAUAAAUUAUAAAUUGUAAGUCGUGAGGAGUUGGUGUAGGCUGAGCCACAUUCAUUUGUCGCGUGUGCUCAUCGCUUAUUCCAAUCCUCACCAGCUGAUGUCCCGAUACUUCAACACUUCUACUCUUAAACAUCUGUUUACGUCUAUUCCGUGUCCCAAAUGCAUCAAAAUAAUUUUCAAUUCAUUAAUGUUGAAUGGCGUAAUAUUCUUGUUUGCACUUUCAAGGUUUAGUGCUGAAUGUAAAGGGUACUAUACGCAUGCUUACUGCAUACUUAUGUUACCUGUGAGGGAUUACCUAAUAAUUUAGAAGUGGUUGCUUAAAUAGAUAUCGGUGCUUAUUCGUAGCAACACCACGAUCUGGAACACUUCCCAUCAAUCUCCAUUAUAAUUUUAAUCGGUUACUAUUAUUGGGUAAUCAAUCAAGUAACAUUUGUAUUUCAUUUUCAGAAUUUAGCUGAAAAGUUUUCAGCUAUCUAAUCUUCCGAUAGUAUAUUGAUCAUAAAGGGUCGUUUCUUAAUUAUUGAUGAAUCAUUGCAAUGACGUAAUAAUGUAUACUUGAUUAUUAUAACCGUAACAAGUAUAUACUGGUAAAUACAUCUACAAAGAUUAAUCAGUUUACUAUCGGAAGAUGAUAUUUUUUUUUUAGUUUUUCUUCAUGUCGGUCAAAGAUUUGUACUACGUGAUUACGUGAUAGUAAUCAACGGAUUUGCAAAUCAGUACAACUUUAUUAUGAUGUAGUAAUUUAGUAAUCUUAAUUUGUUUGAUGUUUGAGUGAAUAAAUCUUUUGUGGUAAAUUUAAAAUUUUCUGACAAGACCCUGCUACACAUUUGGUAGUAAAACGUAUUUUUUUGCAAUUUUGUAUUGCUUCCACAUAUUAUUAUUAAAAAAAUCUCACAUUUGGCAAAGAAGUAACUCCUUAUAUACAGACGAAAAACAACGUGCUAUAGGUGCUUAAUAUUCAACGAUAAACUUAAGAUACCAUUUUGAAGGUAUGAGCCGUGAGCCGUGAAAGAAAACAAUUGUCGCCGUUAUAAUUUUAUGAUUUACGUACUUUAUAUAAAUAGUUCGCAAAUCUAUAGUUAAUCUAUGUGAAAGAAUUAUAUACUGCCAUGUUACAUAAAUGUAAAUAAGCUCCCGUAAAAUUAGUAACUGUUAAUUAUUGAAACAGAGUUUGUUGUUAUAUUUCACUUAUACACAUUUAUAUUUACAUUACAUAAAUAAGUAAAAGUAAACUAAUCGUAAAUUUAUAACGGCUUAUUUUUAAUAUGACAAAUCCGUCUAUUAUGAUUAACGGUACACUAUGUAGUACGAGAAUAGUACCCGCAAGAGUUUUAAGUACGUGAGUUCCUUUACACGCUACGGAUAAGUAAUGUUUGUUCCAUAGAGAAUAAACAUGUUAUAUGUAAAUAACUUAUGACAUAGAAAACGGACUUCAUUUUUACAAACAUAUCAGGAAGAAUAACUGCCUAUGAUCAGAGAGCAGUGAGAGUCCACUUACUGACAUACAUGCCGAGACUUACUAAUGGUGUUGCGUAAUGUAAUCGUGACGCAACACCAUGCGAAUGGUUUAUUGUUCGGCCGUAAUUUAACAAAAUGAAUGGUUUAGUGAUUAAAAUGUCGUGCGAUGGGCAACAUACUCGUCGCUAACUUUGUUACUCUCCACAAUAGCUGUAUCACUUAACUAAAUGCCAGGAAUUUGUGUGUGAAGUACCAAUCGAUACUAUUAUUACAAUAAUUACUUAAUGAGUUUUUAAGGCUCUGAAUUUAUAAAACUGAAUAUGAAUGUUUGAUGCUAGAAGUGUAACGAUUUUAACGCUAUGUGGCGUAACGUCAGGAUGAUAAGUCCUUAAUGUAAUCGGCAAAUAAUUUUACAUUCCAUAUUUCAUGAAAUAACACCUAUUGCUGAAAGAUCGACCACCUGCAAUUGCGUAUUUUAGAGAAUUACUAAAUUAUAAUAUAAUUUCGCAUUCAAUGUUAUUACUUAUAAACGGUACGAGUGAAAAAUAUAUGUGUAGAUGUAUGCAAGCUAAUUAUUGUUUCGCUAAAGAAAAUUGUAUGCAUUAACGAUAUUUGAAUGUCUUGAAUUAAUGUUAGAAUUCAUAUUGGUGUAACAUUUCCACUCGUUAGUAGAUUAACAAUAUUUUUUCUUGACAAGAAAUCGGCUUGUAUUAUGUGUUCAAUAUCGGUCGACUACCUGAGUAUUUGGUUAACCGACUAUUGUUCGACACACAGACAGCCAGAUUCCGCUUGCAUCGGCUAUCAGAAUGGAAUAUAAUAUAUGGUUACUUUCACUGCGACAGGAAGAGUGUACAUAUAGGCAUGUUGUUUAUUCCUUCCAAAUGAAAGCAAGAGAGGGUACAUUAUGAUUUGUAAUGUUAGGAUGCAGAAAUAGUUUUAGUUGAUUAUUAUUGUAUCGUUGCGAAGUAGUUUAAGUUGAUGUAGGCGCGGGCGGCGCGCGGCCACGAGACUGAACUACACCCCUGCCGUCGCGCCCUCGCGCCCAUUACUUACAUAUUGUCAUUGUCGCUAUUAUCAUUCUUGUUUGAUGGUUCUACUGUUAUUUACAUUACAUUAUAAUUCUUUCUCGUGUGUGUAACAACUAUUUUGUGUAUUUACGUGUGAAAGGAUCGAUUUCAUUUUAUGGAAACCUCGAGCGCACAUUGCAUUUUUUUCAAUUGUUAAUUUUAUUUAGUGGGGAAAUGGAGCACUCAUUCUGUUGUUCGUAUGUUACAUCCCCCUCCAGUGUAUGCUAUUGAAGUUUACCGAGUCUAUAGUAAUAGUGUUUAUGUAUGUCGUAUGUAUUUAUGUACCUUGCUGGAGCAUGUAUAUCAGUGUGUAGUGUGGUCGCGUGGCGGCCGGGCGGGUGUAGGAACACGUCGUACCGGGCCGGUGGCGGUACCGCUCGGCCAGACUCGUUUCGUGUCGUCGCGUCUCGUCCCGCCCGCCAUGUGAUAAAAUAUUAUUAUUAAAUAACGGGCGUACAUACGCGAUCUCAUGAGGCGGGACCCACAGCAUGCGUUAUUUUGUUUAGAAUAGGGAAGCUGUUGUUGUUGCUUCUCAAAUGAAUGUAUCAAGGUCCAAUAUUCAUUGAUAUAUUGUUUUUUAUUUCACUACUCUUGCAGGAUAAAUUGACAUACAUAGUCCAACCGCAUUUUCUUUAAAUUACUGUUAUUUUUAGAACCAUUUUAUAAUUGGUAUAAGUUCUGAAACUAAUAACUACCUCAAUAUUACUAAAUGAAUAUGAUAAUUAUCUUUGUGCAUGUUUUUGGGAACUGAAUUUAAAAGAAUAUGAAAAUUCAAUAUAGUAUAAGAUUGCUAUUUUAAACAUAGUACAGAAAGUUGUCAAAAUUAGGUUUCUUAACGUAAUAAAACUGGUGAAAUUUGAA